CAGGCAGGCAGGCAGACAGGAGCACCACCACCACCACCACCACCAACAACAACACGCCGGGACUCGGACACAGUAGCACGCCUCACGCUCACCGGGCACUUGUUGUCCACUCCGCGCAGUUUGGGACCAUGUUCGAGCACUCCUGGAGCGGAUCGAUGUGGCGCGCCACAUGGAUUUUAUUUUUCUCCUUACUCAUCCGCUCCGCACAAGCUCAAGAUGACGUGCCUCCCUACUUCAAGACAGAGCCGGUGCGUAGCCAGCUCCACCUGGAACGCAACAGGCUGGUGCUCACCUGCAUGGCCGAAGGGAGCUGGCCGCUGGAGUUUAAGUGGAUCCACAACAGCACAGAAUUAACCCGCUUCUCACUGGAGUACAGGUACCUAAUCCCUUCAUUGGACCGCUCCCAUGCUGGCUUCUACCGCUGCAUUGUCAGGAAUCGGGUGGGAGCCCUUCUACAGAGGCGCACGGAAGUACAGGUGGCCUUUAUGGGCAGUUUCGAGGAAGGUGAACGGACCCAAUCAGUCUCUCAGGGAGAGGGUGCCGUUGUCCCAGCACCACGCAUUCGCAGCUUCCCCCAGCCGCAAGUCACCUGGUUCAGAGAUGGGCGCAAGAUUCCACCCAGCAGUCGCAUUGCCAUUACUCUGGACAACACACUGGUUAUCCUGUCUACGGUCGCGCCAGAUGCCGGGCGCUACUACGUCCAAGCAGUAAAUGACAAGAACGGAGAGAACAAGACCAGCCAGCCCAUCACCUUGUCCGUAGAGAAUGUGGGAGGUCCAGCAGACCCCAUUGCCCCCACCAUCAUCAUCCCUCCCAGGAACACUAGCGUGGUCACAGGCACCUCAGAGGUCACGAUGGAGUGUGUGGCCAACGCCAGACCUCUCAUCAAGCUGAGUAUCUCUUGGCGUAAGAAUGGUGUGCUGGUGACCAGCGGUUUGAGUGACUUCAACCGCAGGCUGACCAUCCUCAGUCCUGUGGUGAGUGACUCCGGCUACUAUGAGUGUGAGGCCAUUCUCCGCAGCAGCAGUGUGCCUUCGGUCAGUGCUGGGGCUUAUCUGCAUGUACUAGAGCCACCGCAGUUUAUAAAGGAACCAGAGAAACACAUUACGGCCGAAAUGGAGAAAGUGGUGGACAUACCCUGUCAGGCACGGGGAGUGCCCCAGCCAGACAUUGUGUGGUACAAGGAUGCUUUGCCCAUCGAUCCGGUGAAGACGCCCAGGUAUAGGGUGCUGGUGGGAGGCAGCCUACAGGUCAACGGCCUCCUGCCUGAUGACACUGGGAUGUUCCAGUGCUUCGCCAGAAAUUUGGCAGGAGAGGUUCAGACCAAUACAUACCUGGCUGUUACCAGCAUCGCCCCGAAUAUCACCGCCGGACCCUCCGACAGCACAGUGAUUGACGGCAUGUCAGUCAUCCUGCACUGCGAGACCUCUGGUGCUCCGAGGCCGGCUAUCACCUGGCAGAAAGGUGAACGCGUGUUGGCCAGUGGUUCGGUCCAGCUGCCCAGGUUCACCCUGCUCGAGUCGGGCAGCCUUCUCAUCUCCCCCUCGCACAUCUCAGAUGCCGGGACCUACACUUGCAUGGCAAGCAACUCCAGGGGCAUCGACGAGGCAUCCGCUGACCUCGUUGUCUGGGCGCGCACCCGAAUUACCACCCCCCCACAGGACCUGAGUGUUAUCAAAGGAACUAAAGCCAUUAUGACCUGUGGAGUCACACAUGACCCCAGUGUAACUGUCAGGCAUGUCUGGGAGAAAGAGGGCACAGCUAUCAACGUCCAGUCAAUUCCUCGGAUGCGACUGGAUGCAGACGGCACCCUCCACAUCUCCCAAACCUGGUCAGGGGACAUAGGCACGUACACGUGUAGAGUCACCUCCGUCGGCGGCAACGACUCCCGGAGCGCACACCUCCGUGUCAGGCAGCUGCCCCAUGCUCCAGAGAACCCUACAGCCAUGCUGAGCACAUCUGAAAAAAGAGCCAUCGACCUGGCCUGGGCCAAGCCUUUUGAUGGCAACAGUCCCCUCAUACGCUACAUCCUGGAGGUUUCUGAGAACAAUGCUCCCUGGGCCAUUCUGCUGGCCAAUAUCGAGCCAGAGUCCACAGCAGUGACGGUCAAUGGGUUGAUCCCCGCGCGCUCCUAUCAGUUCCGCCUCUGUGCCGUUAAUGAUGUGGGGAAGGGGCAGUUCAGCAAGGAGACAGACCGUGUCUCUCUCCCAGAGGAGUCCCCCAGUGCUCCUCCUCAGAACGUCAUCGCUAGUGGUCGGACCAACCAGUCCAUCAUGAUCCAGUGGCAGCCUCCACCGGAAAGCCACCAGAACGGCAUCCUCAGGGGCUAUACAGUCCGGUACCGUCUCACUGGGUUGCCCGUGGACUACCAAAUCAAGAACAUUUCCAGCCCAGAUGUGACCAACCUGCUGCUGGAGGACCUCAUUAUCUGGACUAACUAUGAGAUUGAGGUGGCUGCCUACAAUGGGGCAGGUUUGGGCACUUUCAGCCAUAAGGUCACUGAGUGGACUCUGCAGGGAGUACCCACCAUCGCCCCCGGCAACGUGCAGGCCGAGGCGGUCAACUCGACGACUAUCCGUUUUACGUGGACAGCCCCCAACCCUCAGUUCAUCAAUGGCAUCAACCAGGGCUACAAGUUGCUGGCCUGGGAGCCUGGGAAAGACGAACAGGUUACUAUGGUAACAGUGCGACCGAACUUCCAGGACAGCGUGCAUGUGGGAUAUGUGACAGGUCUGAAGAAGUUCACUGAGUAUUACACCUCCGUGCUGUGUUUCACUACACCCGGAGACGGCCCCCGCAGCCCGCCCAGAGCAUUAAGGACACAUGAGGACACCCCCGGCGCUGUGGGUCACCUGAGUUUCACUGAGAUCCUGGACACGUCACUCAAAGUCAGCUGGAGUGAGCCUGGCGAGAAAAAUGGAGUUCUCACAGGUUAUCGCAUUUCGUGGGAGGAGUACAACCGAACAAACACCAGAGUUACCCACUACCUGCCGAAUGUCACCUUAGAGUACAGGGUCACCGGACUCACUGCUCUCACCACCUACACCAUUGAAGUGGCCGGCAUGACCUCCAAGGGCCAAGGCCAGCUGUCCUCCUCCACCAUCUCCUCCGGUGUCCCACCAGAGCUUCCUGGCCCUCCCACCAACAUGGCGAUUUCCAACAUCGGCCCACGCUCCGUCACCCUGCAGUUCAAACCUGGCUAUGAUGGCAAGACUUCCAUUUCCCGUUGGCAGGUGGAGGCCCAGGUGGGUGUGGUAGGAGAAAAUGAGGACUGGGUGAUGGUCCACCAGGUUUCCAACGAACCCGAGGCUCGCUCCUUAGAAGUGCCAGGUCUCAACCCAUACACCUUCUACAGGCUCCGCAUGCGUCAGGUGAACAUAGUGGGCACCAGUCCUCCCAGCCAGCCCUCCAGAAGGAUCCAGACCCUACCGGCUCCCCCUGACAUGGCCCCUGCCAACGUCACCCUGCGGACCGCUAGCGAGACCAGCCUCUGGUUACGCUGGAUGCCUUUGCCCGAAUGGGAAUACAAUGGGAACGCAGAGCAGGUGGGCUACAGAGUCCAGUAUUCCCGUGCAGGCUCACAGGGCCGGGCCAUGACCCACAUCAUCGCCGACCGUCUGGAGAGAGAGUUUACCAUCGAGGACCUGGAGGAGUGGACGGAGUACGAGGUCCGAGUCCAGGCUGUCAACGGCAUUGGGAUGGGACCCUGGAGUCAGCCGGUCAGAGGCAGGACCAGGGAGUCUGUCCCCUCCUGUGGACCCACCAACGUGUCUGCCUUCGCCACUACCUCGAGCAGUAUCCUGGUGCGCUGGUUUGAAGUUCCCGAGCCAGACAGAAAUGGUCUCAUUCUUGGCUACAAGGUGGUGUACAAAGAGAAGGACUCUGACAGUGCGGUCCAUUUCUGGUCAGUGGAGGGGAACGCCACCCACUCUGUCCAGCUGACUGGUCUGGGGAAAUAUGUGCUCUAUGAGAUCCAGGUUCUGGCUUUCACACGGAUUGGAGAUGGGCGGCCCAGUUCUCCACCCAUCCUGGAGAGGACUUUGGAUGAUGUACCAGGACCUCCAGUGGGUAUCCUGUUCCCUGAAGUGCGGACCACCUCAGUCCGGCUUAUUUGGCAGUCCCCCUCGCAGCCCAAUGGCAUUAUACUUGCCUACCAGAUCACAUACCACCUCAACUCCACCAACAGCAACGCAGCCACGGUGGACGUGCUGAGCCCCAGUGCUCGCCAGUACACAGUGACCAGCCUCAAGCCGGAGUCCAUCUAUGUCUUCCGCAUCACAGCCCAGACAAGGAAGGGCUGGGGCGAGGCCGCCGAGGCACUGGUGGUCACCACGGAGAAAAGAGCUCGUCCCCAGCCCACCAGCCGCCCCAUGGUCCCCCAGAAAGACGUUCAGGCCCGCCAGGUUUUGCUGUCGUGGGAGCCCGGCAGCGACGGCCUGUCCCCUGUGCGUUACUACACGGUGCAGCUCAGAGAGCUUCCGCAGAGCAACUGGACGGUCCACUCUGCCUCCGUCAACCACGAAGCCACCUCCUACAUAGUAUCCAGGCUGAAGCCCUUUACAUCCUACCAGUUCAGAGUAAAAGCCACCAAUGACAUCGGGGACAGUGAGUACAGCGAGGAAAGUGAAGCGAUCACGACUCUACAGGAUGCGCCCGACGAAGCACCCACGAUUCUCUCCGUCACGCCGCACACAACAACGUCAGUGCUGAUCCGCUGGCAGGCCCCCUCCGAGGAGAAGAUCAACGGAAUCUUACUGGGCUUUCGGAUUCGAUAUCGUGAGCUGCUGUAUGACCGACUGCGUAGUUACUCUGUUCAUACCAUCAACAGUGUGUCCACCUGGGCUGAGCUCACUGCCCCCUACAGUAUCCGGAAUCUGAGUGACUCAACUCUGGCGCAGUAUGAGUUGGACAAGCUAAGUAAACACAAGCGCUAUGAGAUACGCAUGAGUGUAUACAACGCUGUGGGUGAGGGGCCAACCAGCCCACCACAGGAGGUGUUUGUGGGAGAAGCAGUGCCGACAGCCCCUCCGCAGAAUGUGGCCAUUCAGUCCUCAACAGCCACCCAGCUGGACGUGACGUGGGACCCUCCACCUGUGGACGCGCAGAAUGGAGACAUCCAGGGCUACAAGGUUUACUUUUGGGAGUUCCAGCGUAAGAAUGAGACAGAGCGGCUACGGACCCUGUUCAUGCCUGAAGGAGGGGUGAAACUGAAGAACCUGACUGGCUACACCACCUAUAUGAUCAGCGUAGCCCCCUUCAACGCUGCUGGGGACGGGCCCCGCAGCCCACCAACCAGGGGACGCACUCAGCAAGCAGCUCCCAGUGCUCCCAGCUUCAUUCACUUCAGUGAGCUGACUACCACCUCUGUCAAUGUGUCCUGGGGCGAGCCCACCUUCCCUAAUGGCAUCAUUGAGGGCUACCGUCUGGUCUAUGAACCCUGCACGCCGGUAGAUGAGUCUUCAGUGGCCUGUGCCGACUGUCUUCACUCCCCCUCCCCCCCAGGCGUCAGUAAGACAGUCACGGUGGACGUGAAGGGGAGCGGGCCCCUCUGGUUGAAGCUCAAAGACCUGGCUGAUGGCAUCACGUACACGUUCCGCAUCCGGGCCAAGACCUUCAUCUACGGGCCCGAGGUCGAGGCCAAUAUCACCACUGGCCCGGGAGAAGGAGCCCCAGGACCCCCUGGAGAGCCCUUUAUCACACGCUACGGUUCAGCCCUGACCAUCCACUGGACCAGUGGGGAUCCAGGACGUGCACCCAUCACACGCUACGUCAUCGAGGCCAGACCUUCAGAUGAGGGAUUGUGGGACAUCUUAAUCAAGGACAUCCCCAAGGAAGCAACGUUACAUACAUUCAACAUGGAUAUCCUAAAGCAAGGGGUCAGUUAUGACUUCCGGGUAAUUGGAGUGAACGACUAUGGCUACGGCUCUCCAAGUCUGCCCUCUCCUUCUAUCUCUGCCCAAAAAGUGGCGCCUUUCUACGAGGAGUGGUGGUUCCUGGUCGUGGUGGCUCUUGUGGGGCUCAUCUUCAUCCUGCUGCUGGUUUUCAUCCUCAUUAUCCGGGGGCAGAGCAAAAAGUAUGCCAAGAAGUCAGAAUCAGGUAACAACUCCAACUGUAACGCUCUGACCCACGGAGACAUGGUCAGCCUGGACGAGGGACGCUUCCCCGCUCUGGAACUCAAUAACCGACGGCUGUCUGUGAAAAACUCUUUCUGCCGGAAGAACGGCGUCUACACCAGAUCUCCUCCCAGGCCAAGUCCAGGCAGUCUUCACUAUUCCGACGAAGAUGUCAGCACAAAGUACAACGACCUGAUCCCUGCAGAGAGCAGCAGCCUGACCGAAAAACCCUCUGAAAUCUCAGACUCACAGGAGGCGCUGGUGUUUUCAUAUGGGACAGGUGGCCUACAUACACUUCCACUGCAUUUGGGCAGUGACAGCGAGUAUGAGGUGGACCCAAACCGGCAGAAGACCCACUCCUUCGUCAACCACUACAUAAGCGACCCCACCUACUACAACUCUUGGCGCCGCCAACAGAAAGGCAUUUCCCGGGCGCAGGCCUACAGCUACACCGAGUCUGAGUCGGGCGACCCGGAUCACUGUGCCCCUCCGCCGCUGCCUCCCCUACCUCCACUGCCACCCCAACUCAGUUCACCUAGCCCCCAGCCUCAGCAGGCCCAGGGCCAGCCCCAGGGUCAAAGCAGCCUGUUUAGGCCCAAAGGUAGCCGGACUCCCACCCCCUCCCAGCAGAGCUCCAACCCCCCCAGCCAGCACAGCACCCUCUACAGGCCCCCCAGCAGUCUAGCCCCAGGCUCGCGGGCCCCCAUUGCUGGCUUCUCCUCCUUUGUGUGAAAAAUGCUGAAAAGGACAUAGAAAUUUCUGGAAAUAUCUACCCAACUUGUGUUGAUGGAGAACAUAGCAUUGCAUAACGCGCAGUCAACCCAAUCAAGUCAUUUACGUAUUUCUUUUUUUCCAUUACUUUUCUUUUUUCUCUUAUUUCACGUUUUUUUUCCCCUUAUUCAGCCUGGAUACAUGUGGAACAACACUGAGACUUUUUUUGAAGCACUUUUUUUUUUUUUUGGUCUAAUGUGUGGAAGUGUGCCAGUGUAGACUAUAGAUUUCUCUCACCGGUUGAUAAAAUACUCUCUGCAACAUCUAUUCACUUAUAUUUUGCUAUUUGAACUAUUUGCAUGACUUUGGCUUACAUUUAUUUCCUCCUUUUUUGUUACUUUUUUGGAACACAUUCAAACAGUAAUCUCUUUGAUUCUGUACAAAGUCACAAGAAUCUUUGAAAACACAUACAUAUAAAUAUACAUAUAUAUAGUAGAUGUACCUAGAAGACAAAACCAUGUCAACGCAGACUCUGCAUUGAUGGAGACUGAUAUAACAAUAUGAUGGAGACAUAUUGUGGAAGUGAAAGGACAAGUGUUUGUCUGGAUGGCCUGGAUGUAAAAACAAAAAAGGAAGAGAUACAAGACAGACGUGGAUGUGGAAUUCAUGCCAAAUCAAACACAUUUUAAUGUGUUGGCUCGGAGAGUUUUAAGCGGACAUUGGAGAAACAAUCAUUCAUUUCCAUGGAAACGGCUCUCUGGCAUUUAGCACACAAAUACAUAGAAAAGUCGGACAGCGUUUGGCCAUGGCGGGUCAAAUGUCAAUGACUGUGCUGUGCCUGAAGGAUCCUGCAGAUAUAUGAAAUUAGUUUAUAUCUGUUAAAGUGAAAGUGUUUAAGUCUUUUUGUGAGUGUGUUACAGUGAAUCAACGAUGCCUUGAUUGAGAAACACUUAUUUAUGAUAUCUGGCACCAAAUGUGACUGAACUGCUUACGGUGCCCUUGUCUGUGGCGUUGUAAUGGCCGGCCUCGCGCUACGAGCACCAUCCUUUGAUCCUGACAUUUAUGGGCUGUGAAUUAAUUUGCAUACCCGACCCAUAUUUUUUCACCCUCUGCUGGCUCACAUAUACACACAUCAGUCUCAUUCUGCACAAGUCUACUGAAAAUGCUUUGAAAACCAAGAGUGUCAAAACUGUCUGAAGUAGUCUGGGACUGUCACGUGUGAGCACAGCUGCUGGUCUUGCUCAAAUGUUAACAGUGUGAUUCUGAUAAGAAACAAAGAGUCACUGAUCACUAUCACGGAGCAGCACUGAGCCUGCGCCAAGAGAUGAUGUCGUUGAAUUGCCUCACCUCUUUUCCCUUUUGUGUAAUCAACUACUAUUCAGGUGUGACUGUACUGUCCCAAAUGCUAAUUGCGUGUGUACGCGUGUAUGCGUGCGUGUGUGUGUGUGUGUGUGCGUGUGUGCGUGUGUGAUUACACUUCUUGUGCAUAAGCUUUACAGAUCAUUCACUGUGUGUCCAGUUUUAAAGAGAUUGUCCUGCAGCAACUGUAAAACUGCCUGGAGUAAUGCCACACAGGGUUGGCCGUCCAGCCGCCUGCCUGGCACACUCAUAACGCUAUAGUGAAGACUCAGUGGUGUGUUCUUAGUUCCCAUAGUUCACAAAAAAGAUAAAAAAAAAAAAAAAUCAUCUGCUUAUUUUUUUUUUUUUUCUCUGUGGGGUGAUUUCAUUGUACGCAACAAAACCUUAUCAUGCAGAAUCUGAAUGAAUAUAUGAUCACAGUACAUUUCUGAAAUAAAUUAUUUUUCAAUGUUAGCUUUUCUGGUGCUCAAUUGCAAACUAUACUGGGGAGAUGGAAGGAGUGGGAGGCUUUAAAUGUGAGGGUAAAGAAAAUAAGGGCAAGGGCACUAAAGACAGGAGGAUGAGAUGGAGACCGUUGCUGAUGGGGAAGUUCAAAUCAUAUGACUGUGGUAGACUAAAGCUACGUUCAAACCGACAAAAGCUCUCAAAAUGCAGCCUCCUCAUUCAUUUCAGUGCUACUUUAGUAAAAAAAAAAAUUUAAAAAAAGGCAGAGGCAUCCAGAAAUAUAGUAGAUCCUGGCAACUUUUGCCACAACUCAGUGCUACAUGGCCUCCACCAUACACCACAGUCUUCUCAUUUUCGGUAACACAUACCUAGCAAAGCCCUUUCCACUGCAAACCCUCUGCUCAUCGGAAUCACCACUCUCUGUCACAGUGGAUGAAACAACAUAAACAUGGUGAUUGCACUGCAGUAGUUUCCUGUUUAGCAAGGACACAAGGAGAAAUUGUAAGUACACACGUAUACCACCAUCGGUCUACAUCACAAAGUAAAUGAGAGAAUGUAAACACCCCAAUUACUCUGGGGAAUAUAAUUAAACCAUGAUUUGGCCUGAUCACGUGCAAUACCUUCUAGCUAAAUCAAACCCUAGCCGGUGUCUAUGGCAAGACAGCUGUUAGCCUCCUGUGUCAAGUAUAAAUCCAGCUUGAGAACAGUCUGUUGCUUGUUCGCUCAGCAACCGCUUCUCCGCAACAAAG